UCAGCGCAGUGUCUCGCCCGCGGCGCCCGCGCGCACUCGUCCAGCAAACAACGUAUUGUUUACUCGCCGCGCGCUAUAAGCCCCCGACGCCGACUCGGAUCUCCACUCGCACCCGGCGCUCGUCGCUCAGUGUUGAAACCCUUUUCAGUUGACCAACUAGGUGAAAGGUUUAAAGUAUAAAGCAAAAAAAUACUUAGGAACAGCACAGACUGCACGAGAUGAGGCCAGUGAUCUGGCUUGCGUUCCUGGCGGCUUUGGCCGCCGCGGAAAUUGCUGAGGAGCCGUGGGUCGAGGAAGAGGAUGUGGAGGAGCCUUACAAUGAGGAGAGAGAGGAGGAAGUUCACUAUCGGAGGCGAAGAGAGGCGUAUGUGGAAGAUCCUUACGAGGAGCAUUUGCGAGUGAAGAGACGCUGUGAAGAUGAGCCGGAAUACCGAGUGAGGCGUUCAGCUGACUACGUCAGAGUUCCACGUCAAGUGCAUCAGUACGAAGUGCACGAGUUUUCUGAUGACGCAAGUCCGUCGUCACCUCCGUACGAGGAGAUGCUCGCGGCAAGUGCCGAGCACUACCACCGGGUGUACGCCCCCGCGGGGCACGCUCGGUACCUCAACCCUGACGUGAGUGGUGUUCCGAUCUCUACUGUACCUGUGUCGUCCGUGCAGUUCGCCCCUAACCCUGCUUCAGUGCAUUCUCCCGUUCAGUUUGUUGCGCCUCCACAACUACACGCCGGAUUGGAGGCGACGCCCAGCCGUGUGAAUGUCCCUGUGCAGUUUGCUUCUAACCCCGCUGUGCAUUCCCCCGUGCAGUUUGUCGCUCCCCCCAAUGUCCAGGCGAGUGUGUCGUCGGGUCCUAACCCCGUGCCGGUGGCGGCGGCGGCCCCGCUGCAGCUGAAGCAGCUGGCCGGAGACCAGUUCGUGUCGGCGGCGGGUCACCACCACAAGCACGCGGGCCCGCACCACUCGGGCCACCAGCAGGGCGGCGGCCACAACAGGCAAGCCAAACACUACGCGGAGCAUGGAGGCAAGACUACCAAAGGCCACCACAGUGACCACCACGUCGACAAAGGCGCUAAAGGCUUCAAGACCGACGAGAGGCACCGCAAGGAGUAUGAGGAAGCCGCUGGAAAGAAGAAGAAGCACCACGACGAGGCUGGUCAUAAAGGAAACCAUGAGGAGGAGGCGCAUGGGCACAGGGGAGCCAAGUUCGAUGAGAAGAAAGGACACAAGAAGGGACAUAAGACUAAGGGCUACCACAACAAGUACCACAAGGACGAGUUCCACAAGGAGCACAAGUUCUACGACGACUACCACAAGAGCGGCGAGCACCACCGCUACGGCAAGUUCCACGCCAAGCACGCCAGCAACGAGAGCGGCAAGAAGAAGGCGCACCACGUCAACGCGGGACACGACUUCGUGGAGCGAGGCAAGAAGGGAUACAGCGGCGAGCACCACCGCUACGGCAACGAGAGCGGCAAGAAGAAGGCGCACCACGUCAACGCGGGACACGACUUCGUGGAGCGAGGCAAGAAGGGAUACAGCGGCGAGCACCACCGCUACGGCAACGAGAGCGGCAAGAAGAAGGCGCACCACGUCAACGCGGGACACGACUUCGUGGAGCGAGGCAAGAAGGGAUACAGGUGA